GAAAACACAGUGCCAACUCAUCACCACGACUACGGGAGAUUUUUGUGUGUAUUUUGCAGUUUUUCUUCAGUUCACUCUUGGCAACCGGCCGAUUAAAACCUAAAAAUUAAAUAUGUCUCCAUUAGUUACCUUGGUUUUACUGGGGGUUGUUUCUGUAACCACGGCAACGACCUGCAAAUUAACCAGCCCGACCUCCUACACGACCCGUGACGCCUCCGUCCUCACCUCGAUCGCCUACAUUUCCAAUUUCCAGUUGUCAUGCCAACCGAGUUUGGCUGGGAAAAAUGUCUACGCCGUGGAGGACUCGACUGGGGUCGUGGUUCCCUUGGGGAUCGGGGCCGAUGGGUCCUAUCAGAUCUCCAUCGUUAAGGAGGUCUCAACCCAAACGAAAGGUGACCACACGUUUUCGAUCCACUCGGACGAAGGGCUGAGCCAAAUAAAGAAAAAGCAACCGGCCGUCGCCUUGGCAACCGUGGUUUUGAACCAUCCCGGAGCGUGGUCUGGACCCUGGUUGAAUUCCGAACAUUUAGCUGCGAUUUUGGGGGUUUUGGUCGGUUACGCUGCUAUUUCGGGGAAGGGCAAGUUGUUGAGUUAGUGUUGUCAUGGUUAUUUGAGAAAUAAAUAAAAUUGUUGUUAUGGUAA